AUGACUUAUAGCAAUACCUUAUAUGAGAAAAUUCCUAUUGAAAUUUCACAUGAAAAUUGGAAGAAAUCAGAAGAAGUUCUUGAAGAAAUUGCAUCUGAAAUUCUCAAUAUAAUAGGAGAAGUUUGA